AUGUCCAAGGUUGAAGGAGAGUUGCAGCAAGCUUCAGCGCACACAAAACGACUAGUUGAUGAUCGAGGACUGGAACCUUGUUUGUACAAUGACAAAGCAGGAAAGAAUGAUGAUGUGCUGGGGAAAGAGGAAAAGACAUCGGCGAAGAGGAGGGGGAACGGGGCUUUAAGCUUCAUGGAGGUGGUUAAGAAGGACAGCGCUGCCAAAAGACGGUGGCAGCAAGCCAAAUGCGCCACUAGCGAAAGCGACCCAGGUUGCCUUCCAUCCCCGCCGCCAGCUGCCAACUUUCUGUCACCUGGCGCAGAUCAGGACGAGUCAAAUCAUUGCAGCUAUGGCCAAGAAAGAUCAACAGGGGCUUCCUAA